AUGUGUGGUACCUCCCACGGAAGACCUCCGAAUAUAUCGGUAACAUCCACAGAGAUUAGAAUCUAUGAUGGAUCACGAAUCACUGAAAUCGAAUGGAUUGUUGGUCCAAUACCAAUUGAAGAUAAUCUUGGUAAAGAAAUCAUUGUGCGUUAUGAUACAGAUAUUCAAAGCGAUGCAACUUUUUAUAGCGAUUCUAAUGGACGUGAAGUGCUUGAACACAAAAGAGAUUAUCGACCGUCUUGGAACUAUAUUGUAUAUGAAAAUGUGAGCGGAAAUUAUUAUCCAAUUCCAAGUCGUAUUUGGAUUAAAGAUAAUCAAAGACAAUUGACAAUACCUACAGAUAGAUCCGAAGACGGUUCAAGUAUGCAUGAUGGUUCUAUUGAACUUAUGGUUCAUCGUCGAACACUUCAUGAUGAUUUUCUCUUGGUCAAACAUUUUCUUCUUCUCGAACCACCAGAAUCAAGCGCUUUUUAUCAUCGUAAUAUUGCUCAACGUAUUUUCAUGAGUCCUCUGGGUACUUAUGCAUUACCAAACGUAUUUUAUGAUGAUUAUACAAAUAGUUAUCGUCAAAUAUGGUCCGCUUUUACGGAACCAUUACCAUAUAAUGUUUAUUUAUUAACCUUUGAUCAGCUGCCAGCAAAAAUAUUUCUUAUACGAGUUGAACAUUAUUUUGAAUUAAAUGAGGAUGAGAUUUUUUCAAAACCAGUUCAAUUUGAUUUACAAAUAUUAUUCAAUAGAUUAGGUAAAAUCUCGGAAUUACUUGAAUUGACACUUGGAGACAAUUUACCAUUAAGUGAAAUGAAACGACUUGUUUGGACAACAAAUAAUAAUGAAUCAUCUUAUUGGCAACCAACAGGUAUGAAAAAGAAGUGCAUAUAUUUAAAUCGAUACAUUUGA